CAAUCAUGUCGUUUUUGCGUGUGGACCGUUAUUUCCGGUCGGCUCCAAUGCAGGAAUCUUUUCGGUUUGAUGGUUAUUAUUUAUUCUAAAGGAAACUAAAAACCUUAAGAUAAUUAAAGACUUUGAAAAAUGAACAGAAUAUUCGGACGCGGGAAGCCCAAAGCGCCUCCUCCGAACCUGUCGGACUGCAUCAGCACUGUAGAUGCCAGGUCAGAGUCCAUUGAAAAGAAAAUAGGCAGGCUCGAUGCCGAACUGCUGAAGUACAAAGAUCAGCUGAAAAAGAUGAGAGAUGGGCCCUCAAAGAAUAUGGUGAAGCAGAAGGCCAUGAGAGUCCUUAAGCAGAAGAGAAUGUAUGAAGGUCAAAGGGAGCAGCUGGCCCAGCAGUCAUUCAAUAUGGAGCAAGCUAACUACACAAUCCAGACUUUGAAGGACACAAAAACUACAGUGGAGGCGAUGAAGAUCGGUGCAAAGGAAAUGAAAAAAGCUUACAAGGACGUCAAGCUUGAUCAGAUCGAUGAUUUACAAGACCAGCUGGAAGACAUGAUGGAGGAAGCCGGUGAGGUGCAGGAGUCCCUGAGCCGCAGCUACUGCACUCCAGACAUCGACGAGGAGGAUCUUGAAGCAGAGCUGGAUGCCCUGGGGGAUGAGCUCCUACUGGAUGAUGACACCUCCUAUUUGGACGAAGCGUCGGCUGCUCCGUCUAUCCCAGAAGGAAUUCCCAGCGACAGCAAGACAAACAAGGACGGGGUUUUGGUGGAUGAGUUUGGCCUUCCACAGAUUCCUGCCUCGUAAAAAAAGAUGACAUGAAGACAACUGCACUUCAACUGAAAACACUUUUCUAUGUAGAGUAACAUUUAUACAUGCAAACCCGUUGGAUAUGAACACACUACUAUUUUGAAGCUGCCCUGGUGUUGGAUCGUGUAUGGUUACUACUACCAUGUUAGCAUGUGGCCUUUAAAAAAAAGUAUUCAGCAUCGUUUUUGACCUGUUGUCCUCACCAAUUUUUUGGUUUUGGUUUUUGUUAAUGACUUUUAUUAUUAAUUUAUUUGCCUAUUUGUUAGCUUUGUGUCUCGGUUAAGUCCUUACCGUUUGUUUUGAGCUCUCCAAGGUGGAGCUAAUUCCCUUGCUCUGCUUGUUUAAAAUAUCUGCAGGGGUACUUGAAACAUGCAAAAUAAAUGAUGUCUUUUAUCUUA